GAAGUCUCGGAAAGCAAACGCUCCAGUGCAAGCUGAGCGCCCGUCCAAGACGCCUUCAAUCGGGACUCCUUCGGAGCGAUCACUCGCACGUUUGUUUCAACGGAUAAGAGAAGAACCCCAAGUUCCAGUAAAAAAUAGUAAAAAGAGAUCUGAUUAAUUUCUCUCUCGCGUUGGAAGAUUUAGAAUCGCGGUGUUUGAUCGCGAGGAUCCGCGCGAGUAUACAACAAUUGGUGGAAACCGAUGAAGGAAGAUGGCACGGUAUGUCGAUCUUGGUGUGCCCUUCGUUAUGCUCCUCCUGGGGGUGGUCCACUUGGAGCAGCUGAUCAUGCACAAAGCAACUGUUGCCGAGGGGAGAAUAGAGGAGCGGUUCGAGAAAUGCUGCAGUCUCGGAACUUCAUGGGCCAAGGAGGGUCUGAGGUGUGAAAAGUUCACCGGACCUGUAACCGGAGUACCGAGGGUGGAGCAAGGUCUCUGCCUGGAAACCGUGGACAUCUGUUGCGUUCGAGCCUAUCACGAGUUGCAAUGCGAAAAGGGCAAAGCAGACGCACGUCAAGGCCUGGCAUGCGUAACGAGCACGACAAAAUCGAGGGCGCCCGGCCGUGGCGAUUACCAUCGCGACUGUUGCGAGGGCUGCAAGCUAGGUAUUCUCACGGGAUCUAUGAGUCAAGGAUGUUCGUUUAAAAGCUUUUCAUUCGGCAUUCCUUGGGAUCCGGCAUUUCUCGAGUGUUGUCAUGAAGUAUCGCCGAGCUCUACGACGGAUCUUACCAGCGAAUUAUCCAGCGAGACUGACUUUGAUUCCUCAUCAUCAUCGUCGCCAUCAACGCCGUAUUCGCCGUCACCAUCAUCGCUGUCGUCUUCGUCAUCGAUAUCUUCAUCACUAUCGCCAUUAUCGUCUUCAUCAUUAUCGCCAACGCCAUCGUUUUCAUCGUCAUCCUUCCCUUCAUCGCCAUCAUUUUCACCGUCAUCAUCCCCUUCAUCGCCAUCAUUUUCACCGUCAUCAUUUCCUUCAUCGCCAUCAUUUUCACCGUCAUCAUCUCCUUCAUCGUCAUCAUUUUCACCGUCAUCAUCCCCUUCAUCGCCAUCAUUUUCACCGUUAUCUCCUUCAUCCCCAUUGUCUUCGUCACCCUUCUCAUCUACGUCACCUUCAUCUUCGUCAUCAGAUUCAUCGCCGUCUGACUCAUCAUCAGGAUCCACACCGUAUUCGAUACCAACUCCAGGUAACUCCAAGCUGGACGAUAUCUGUCAACUCAUGAAAGGCAUGCUCUGCUCUGACAUUUGCGUACCAACGCCGGGCUCGUAUUAUUGCAAAUGCCGCGACGGCUUUACUCUGUUGGAGGACGGGAAGACUUGCAGGCAAGAUCUACCGACUGACAGAUGCAAAUCGACUCACCCUUGCGAGCACCGGUGCACUGACAACGGGGUGGCUGUCAUAUGCAGCUGUAAUCCAGGAUACGGCCUGGCCGACGAUGGACGUUCGUGCAUUCCAAAGUCAUCGAAGAAUAAGAAACCGCACGUAAACGAUGACGACGACUUGUCACCGUUGUGUCCGUCGGGCUAUCGUUACAAUGCCACCAAUCAAGUGUGCGACGACGUGGACGAAUGCUUGGAGAGCAGCGUGUGCGCCGGAGAAGGGUGCCAGAACACCAUAGGCUCGUACAUCUGCACGGGAAAAUCCGUCAAAGAUGCACCUUACGAGACCUGUCCCCCGGGCUACCAAUGGGAGUCGCGUACGGGCAUGUGCGAAGAUAUCGACGAAUGCGUCGUCUUACCGAAUGCCUGCGUCUUCGACAAGCCCUUCUGCGUGAACACGCAGGGUAGUUACACGUGUCUAGAAAUGACCGGCGUGAAAUCCUGCCCUGCGGGAUUCAAGUUCGACAAAUUGCUGCAACAGUGCAAAGACGUGGACGAGUGUGCGGAGGAGAUUCACAGUUGCCUGGCAGACGUCGAACAAUGUCGAAACACCGAAGGUGCUUACGAAUGCGAUAUAAAGUGCGAAAAAGGAUUCAAGUACAGUAACAGUUUAGAUAUCUGCGUCGACAUAGACGAAUGCGUAGAAUCGAAUAAUCCUUGCUCCGAUCUCGAUACGGUAUGCGUCAAUACAAUCGGUGCUUAUGAAUGUACGAGAACUUCAGCGAAUUCUCUGCCACGCUCUUCAAUCGGAAUAGAACCCUCCCCUCACCAGGAGAACAUGCGACCUAGUUCGGCGACUUGUUCUGCCGGAUACAAACCCGCGAACAAUUCUAGAAUAAUGACGUGCAUCGAUGUCGACGAGUGCAACGAGCAGCUGCAUUCUUGCGAGCUUGGCGAGCGUUGUGUCAACGAGAUCGGUAGUUACAGAUGCGUACCAGAAAAUGGCAAAGCGGACAAGAGUGACGACGAUCAACACGAUGUCCGAUACAGCAGAGACUACAAGCCGGAAGAAACAAGUAUUUCACCGGCCAUAAAUAAGAUCGAGGAUUGCGGUAGCGGCUACUUUUUCGAUGGAAAAUCUCGCCGCUGCAUCGAUGUUGACGAGUGUGCCAAUGGAUUAGCACUUUGCGGAAUAAGUGAGCGCUGCGUGAACACCAAUGGGGGCUAUCGAUGUUCUCCGAUUUGUUCGCCCGGUUUUCGGCCGCGCAACAGUUCUCGCACUGCUAACGAAACGAAGGAAUUCUGCGAGGAUAUAGACGAAUGCUUGCUCGGUUUGCACACUUGCAACGUCUUGACUCAUCGUUGUCUUAAUACCAAUGGUUCAUACGCAUGCGAAAUAUUAACUACUACUAGCACCAGCACGAGUACCAGCACCAGCACCACCACCAGCACCGUCGCUACCACGACGAAGACCAGUAGUACAACAAAAAGGCCGUUUUUUAUUUCGCCCUAUAAUAGAGUACCGACAUCUAGAAGUAAUCUUAGUACAGAUCGUUACUGGUCCACGGAACCGUGUAAACUGGGAUACAAGCGGGACGCUAGUACGGGCUAUUGCGUGGACAUAGACGAGUGCGUGGUCGGUCCAGGAUGUCGUGAUCACGAGAAGUGCACAAAUACUCCGGGAGGCUACGAUUGCUCGUCCCUAUGCAGCACCGGCUGGUACUUCAGCACGACGACGAAGGGUUGUCAAGACGUGGACGAGUGCUUGUUGGGCAGACACGAUUGUCCUCAGGGCACGCACAGAUGCGUCAACACAAACGGAUCCUUCAUCUGUGAGUUGAUACCGCCGUGCGAUCGCGGCUUCAGGCGGGCCUUUAACGGCACCUGCUUGGACAUCGACGAGUGCUCAGAAAGUCUCCACAACUGUCGGCUCGACUUGCAUCAGUAUUGCGUGAACAGGGAGGGCAGCUUCGAGUGUUUGACCAGACUGCCCUCUUGCCCAUCCGGGUACCAGUAUUCUUUGGGCACUCGGCAGUGCGAAGAUAUCGACGAGUGUUUGACCGGCCAGUACAAAUGCGACGCACGGAUGUCCGAGAGAUGCGUCAACCUGCCGGGCACAUACAGAUGCGAGAGACCGCCUCCUCCUCGUCAACGUCAACGACCUGCUUGCCCGUCUGGAUAUCGGUAUCAUCCUCGCUUACGCAGGUGCACAGACAUAGACGAGUGCGCGGAAGGGCUAGACACCUGCGGCGAUGAGGUUUGCUACAAUCAACCAGGUGGUUACAGCUGUGCGAAACUGCCUGUCCCGAUAACCAGGCGACCGACCACGACGCCGAUGCCGGCACUGGCGAACGAGAAGUGCGUGGACGGUACUAGAUUCGUGAGGAAUCGCGGCUGCGUCGACAUCAACGAGUGUAAAGAAAUCGAAGACGCCUGCAGCAGCAACGAGGAAUGCGUGAACACGAUGAGCAGUUACAAGUGCAUCUGCAAGACCGGUUUCAGACGCGACAACCUCACGCAGGCCUGCGUCGAUAUUAACGAGUGUCAAUUGCAGGAGAAUGAUUGCCUACCGACGCAGCGAUGCGACAACACGAUCGGAAGCUACACGUGCACGCGUUUUCUGCCCUGCGGCACCGGCUAUACCCUCAACGCAGCAACGGAGAUCUGCGAGGACGACGACGAGUGCGUUCUUGGUACACACGACUGCGGUGCCGGGUAUCAAUGCAGAAACACUCUCGGCUCUUAUCGCUGCGACCGCAUCCCGCGCGUACCGUCUCCGCAGCCACGCACGUCGCCAACAACCAUGAGAACCACGACGACGACGAUCCCGACCACGACCAAGUCGACAUCGCUGGCACCGAUUACCUCCAGAACAAAUUGCCCGCGCGGCUUCGAGCCCGGUUCCGGCGGCAAGUGCGAGGACAUAGACGAGUGCCAGAGAACGCCGAAUCUUUGCGGCAGAUUCAUGUGCAUCAAUACGCUGGGAUCCUAUAAGUGUACGAGUUCCAGGGUGAUCUGCGGACCCGGUUACACUCUGGAUCCGGUAUCCGGGCAGUACUGCAUCGACGUGGACGAGUGCCGUGAAGGGAUCCACGAGUGCGACAAGGACCAAACUUGCGAGAACAGGCAAGGCGGGUACCACUGCAUCUGUCCGCCCGGCCACGCGGCCGGACCCAACAACGAUUGCGUCGACAUCGACGAGUGUAGCAUUUACGGUAACAGUAUCUGCGGAUCGAACGGCCGCUGCGAGAACACCGCCGGUUCCUACAGAUGCGUGUGCAAAGAGGGAUUCGAAAAUGUAGGGGGAAACGCCGGUACUUGUCAAGAUAUCGACGAGUGUCAGCGGGCACCGGGGCUCUGCCAGCACGUAUGCCUGAACGUGUGGGGUAGUUACAGAUGCGGGUGCGAAGCUGGAUUCAGACUAAGCGCCGACAAUCGAUCUUGCAGCGAUGUCGACGAGUGCAUGGAGUUCAAGGACAACAAUCUCUGCAUCGGCAUCUGCGAGAACACGCCGGGGAGCUACGCGUGCAAGUGCCCCAACGGCUACAAACUCAGCACCGAUGGCCGAACCUGUCUGGACAUCGACGAGUGCGCGAGCGGUAAUGUCUGCAGAGGACCGGACGAGAUGUGCCAGAACAUGCGCGGAAGUUAUCGCUGCAACCGGCUCGACUGUCCCUCGGGAUAUCAGCGAGACUCUGCGAGAAAAAACCGUUGCGUGCGUUCCACCAAGUAUUGUAACGUAGAUGAUCUGGCUUGCCUUCGGUCGCCCUCGCACUAUUCUUACAAUUUCAUCACCUUCGUGAGCAUGCUGCCAAUCCCGAAUAGUGGUCCUCUGGAGUUGUUCACCAUGAGGGGAACCCAUCAACCUGAAUCAACGAUACAGUUCACCAUGGCGUUGGUAGACGUACGUGCGUUACCAGGUGUCGCGCGUGCCACGGAGUCUUGCUUUGCCCUGAAGAGACCGACGCCGUCACAAGUGAUUCUCGUGCUGACGCGCAGCAUCCCUGGACCGCAGGACAUCGAGUUGGAUCUCAGCAUGGAGGUUUAUCACGGUAGCAGGUUCGUCGGAAGCGCUGUUGCUAAAAUCUUCAUUUUUGUGUCGCAAUACGAGUUCUGAGAAUAUUCCUCGAAGUAAGGCGGAAACCAGAAUAGAGGUUCAAAUCGUAGAAUAAAGUGAUGUAAUUUAAUAAUACAAGCUUUUCGAUUAAAUGAGUAAUUGCCUCUUGUAUGGUGUUACUAUUACCUGGAAGGAUAUUAUCAUCUUACUCGUAAUCGUUCUAUUUUAUACGAUAAUUUUCUGGAAGAUACAAUCUUUUUAGAUCUUGAAGGCCAUCGCGUGUUUUACGUUUGAAUACGAAAAACGCAGUAAAAAUUGUUUAAUAAAAAUGUUUAUAAAUUUUCUUCCAGAAAAUAUAUUUGAUAUUUCAAGUGACGUAUGUUUAGCUUUAUAAUAACGCGAUUUUUUUAUCAUCUGCUCAUCCUAAAGAAAACUAAACGUUAAGAUAAAUGUUGUAUUAGUAUUUCAAUAGCAGGUAUGUAUAAAAACAGAUUGAAUGUACAUAGAUUCUUGUAAGUUAACGUGUGUAAAGGACAAAACAUGAAAUAAACUUACGUCAAACGUG